AUGAAUUUUCUUGAACGAGCAUUACCAUUCCCAUUUACCAAGCGUCCUGAUGCCAGGCUCCCCCUUGAUGAGAAACCCUGUCUCGACGAGGACGGAUAUGUCUGUUUCGCGCCAGAUGAUGUCGAGAAUCCUCAGAACUGGUCGAAGCGACGAAGAGGCGGCAUGACCUUUGUCGCUGUUGUGUUGGCCAUCAAUGCCACUUUCGCCUCCAGUUCGCCCAGUGGGUGCUUAUCUUCGAUGUCGAGUCACUUUGGAGUCUCACAGGAGGCUGCCGGGUUGACAAUCACUCUUUUUCUGCUGGGAUACUGUGCCGGACCGUUGAUCUUUGCUCCCUUAAGUGAGUUGUAUGGCCGUCGAUGGAUUUUAUACGGCUCAUUUACCGGAUAUAUUGCCUUCAACUUCCUGUGUGCAUGGCCUCCAAACUUUGGAGCUCUGCUGGUGGGCCGAUAUCUGUCGGCAACUUUUAUUUCCACCCUGUUGAGUAAUACUCCGGGGAUGUUUUCGGAUAUCUGGAAUCCGUUACAGCGUACCAAUGCGAUGGCCUGCUUCGCGACGACUAUCUGGAUUGGACCGGCUCUCGGUCCAGUGACAGCAGGCUUCCUCGAAUUGAAGAAGGAUUGGCGAUGGAGCUUUUACGUGCUGCUGUGGCUCGGAGGUGCAAGCUUCUUGGCCAUGUUAACGAUUCCCGAGACUUAUGCGCCGGUGAUUCUGACUCACAGGGCCCGCAGAAUUCGGUCACAAAAGCUCGCGGGCUUUGAGAACGUCAGGGCACCUGCCGAGGAUGACGAACGGACCCUGCACGAUACUUUGAAAGUCGCUCUGACCCGUCCGUGGAUCAUCCUAUUUGACCCCAUCUCUUUACUGGUUGCCGUUUACAUGUCAUUCGUGUAUAUUCUCUUGUACAUGAUGUUCUCAAUCUACCCCAUUGUCUUCCAGCAGAAACGGGGCUGGAAUGCCGGUGUGGGGGAGCUUCCACUGCUGGGCACCGUGGUGGGGGCAGUCCUCGGGGGCGUGAUCGUGUUCAUAGACACUUUUCUGCAGCAGAGAAAAAUCGCCAGGGGUCAGGUGAGAUUGGAUGAUUCCACGCCGGAGGAUCGUCUGCCCCUAGCAAUGGUUGGUGGAAUCGGAUUUGCCGUCAGCAUGUUCUGGUUUGCAUGGACUGCUGAGUUCAAUUCUAUCCACUGGGUCGUUCCCACCCUCGCGGGGGGCGUUCUGUCUACCUUUGUGUGCCUUGUUUUUUUCGCUCAUUUGAAUUAUCUGGUCGACGUCUAUCAGAUGUACGCGGCGUCAGCGAUUGCCGCCAAUACGAUUGCUCGAGCGGCGUCUGGAGCCGCCGCACCCUUGUUUACCAGGCAGAUGUUCACCGCGCUGGGUGUCGGCGGAGGUGGCAGUCUGGUCGCCGGUAUCGCGACCUUGCUGGCCAUUAUUCCGUUCCUGUUCCGCCGAUACGGAAAGCAGAUCAGGGUGCGCAGCAGAUUUGCUCCGACACCUGAUGAAGAGCGGGAGAAGCGAGGGCAGGAUGAAGAGCAAUGUUCAGACUAG